AUGGCUAUAUUGAACUCAAAUCCGGAGAUUUUAUUAAAAAAGCGUAAAAAUGCUGAUAGAAAAAGAUUAGAAAAACAAGAAGAAAUAGCCAACAAGAUCAAAGUAUCAAAACAACUUAAAUUAAAACAAAAGCAAAAAAAUUUUAAAAGAGCAGAAACUUUAUUAAGCAAUCAAAAAUCAAAUGAAAUAGAAAAGAAAAGAAUUAAUAAAAUAAAUCAAAAAUUGAAAAAGGAAUCAUUAAAAGAUAUACAAGAUAAUGAUGAUUAUAAAUUAUUAUUUAUUAUAAGAAUUCCAAAUCAUACUAAAGGUUUAAAAAUUCCAAAAAAGGCAUAUCAAAUAUUACAAGUUUUAAAAUUAACUGAAUCAAAUACUGGUGUAUUUAUAAAAGCCAACAAGCAAACCAUACAAUUAUUAGGAUUAAUUGCGCCAUAUAUUAUCAUAGGUCAACCAUCAUUAUCAUCAAUACGUAAAUUAUUUCAAAAAAGAGCAAGAAUAACCACCACAGAAACAUCAGACGAAGAACAAUCAACUGAAGAACCAAAAGAAAAAAUCAUAAAAUUAGAUAAUAAUCAAUUAGUGGAAGAUAAAUUUGAAAAUUUAGGAAUAAUAUGUAUAGAAGAUAUAAUUCAUGAAUUAACAAAUUUAAGUGAUAAUUUUUUAACAAUUACAAAUUGGUUAUUACCUUUUAAAUUAAAUCCUCCAAUAAAUGGUUGGGGUCCACAAUCUAAAUUAGCAAGAAUUAUAUAUGAUAAUGAAAAUAAAGUUGAAAUUUCUUUAGCUCAAGAUUUCAAAUUAAAAGAAGUUGAUGAUAUUGAUUCUGUUAUUGAUCAACAAAAUUAA